AUGUCUCCUAUGCUGCGGCGAUCGCUCUUCGCACCCGCCAUGCGCCUGUCGACACGCAGGCACCUUUCAACAACUAGCCGGCUACUUAACAGCAGCAGUGGCAGUGUAGAUGCGGGAGCAUUGCCUGUGCAGAAGCCCGUGGGAGCUUUCAGAGGAGGGCUAUUUGGCUUCCUCCUUGGCACUACGGUGGCGGGCGCAUCGGUAUACUACUAUAUCUUGGAUGAGUAUAGAGUGUCCAACGAGAUGUUGACAGAAGACAUCUACGCCUUGCAAGCAGCGACGCAACGCCUCAAUGCCUACGUGACCGACCUAGAAGGAAAGCUGGACCUAUUGCAGAAGAAGAAAUGA